AUGGCUGGAUCACAUUACACUCCCGAGCUUCUCGCUAAGUUCGCUAAGCGAACGAGAGACAACCACAAUACCAUGAAAAUCAGGAAUGUGGUAGUACGCAAAGCCCCCGUAUCCUUCGCCCCGUCGAUCGGUCAUACCGCCGUCAUCUUCCUCUACUUCGCCGCCAACAUCAUUCUCACCCUCACCAACCUGGAUAACAAAAACUUUCCUAUGCUGCCCAAUAUAGCCUCGAGAGCGGGAUGGAUGGCGAUUGGAAACUUUGUUCUUGUCGUCCUGUUAAGCUUGAAGAACACCCCCCUGGCCUUUUUCUCAUGGUCCUACGAGCGAUUGAAUAUCCUUCACCGAUAUGCUGGUUGGGUGACAGUCAUCCAGGUCCUUGUGCACCUUUCGACCUACUGUGCCUAUUUCGUCGCCGAUGGCCGUCCGACGAGGCUGCUGGAACGGGAAGAAAUCUAUGGCAUGGUUGCCGGUUGUUCGUUCUUCUUCCUUGCAUUCUCGGGGAUCGUCAUCCGCCCUUGGUGGUAUGAGCUCUUCUAUGUUACGCACAUAUUUUUCUGGAUCGUCGGCAUUAUUAUGCUCGGCCUCCACCAGCCAGAGCUCAGCAAGAACAUCCUUCAGGUUGUUGCUGCUUGUGGGGGCAUCUGGGUCUUGGACAGACUUUUGAGAAUAGGCCGGCUUCUGAUCAGCAGUGUGUCUAACGAGGUCACAUUGUACCCCCUCUCCGACGGUGCAACUCGGGUGUGCUUGAAGAAGCCCCCAAUGGGAGCAGCUGCAGGAAAGCACUGCUUUUUAUGGAUCCCCAAGAUUCGACAGUUUGAGACACACCCUUUUACAAUUGCAUCCUUGCAUCCCAUGGAGUUUGUCAUUGCUGCCCAGGAUGGUUUCACAGCAGAUCUCCACAGAUGGGCCGUCACACAUCCAGGAAUCACUCUCAAAGCUAGUGUUGAUGGCGCCUAUGGUUCAACGCCCAACAUUGCCAAUUUUGACAAGACCAUUAUGGUUGGUGGAGGCUGCGGUGCCUCAUUUGUCUUCGGUAUGGCUCUGGAUGCUUUGAAAAGAAUACCCGAAGAUAGAAAUGAAGCUAUUUUGCUCAUCUGGAUUGUGAGAAAUGCGACACAACUGCCUUGGUACGCCCGGGAUGUAAAGAGACUGCAGUCGGAUGGGCGUGUAAGCGUUAAGCUUUUUGUCACCAGAUCCCCUAGCCUGAGAGACUCGGACACCGAUUCCGACGAAAAUAUGUUUACACGAUCUGCCCCAGGCUCCUCGUCAAACAAAGAGGAAGGAGCAGAUGUCGAUCCAGAGAAAGGGGGUAUUCUAUCUGAGAGCGAAGAUGUUGGAUAUACGGCCACGCACUUUGGAAACGCCCCAAUCGCCUACGGUCGACCUGAUGUUGGCUCUCUAAUAGGAGACGCAAUCCAUGAGAUGAGCUCGGAGAAGCACGUGCUGGUUCUGGGCUGCGGACCUAGUGGAUUGAUGGAAACAGUUCGAAGCAAGACGGUGUCCUGUCUUCAUGGCGAGGCACCUUCAGUUGAACUUCACUGCGAGGAAUUUGGAUGGUAA